GUCUGAGGAAGCUCUCUCAUACAUUCCUCUUUGGUGGCUCACAACAAAUAUUCCUGACACUCUGGUGUGGUGGUGAGACAAACCCUAAGCAUCCACGUUUUCUUUGAUGCUUUUUUGAAAUACGAAUCACAGGGAUUUGAUGUCGAUGGAUAAUCGCGGCGGAUUCAGCUACAUGGGUCGCAAUUUCAGCGAUUUGAGUGUCAACGAUGACUCCUCUGCUUUCAGCGAUUGCAACAGCGACAGAUCCGGCGAGUUCCCCACCGCUUCCUCCGAGAGCCGACGCCUCCUCCUCUCCUGUACCUCUGACAAUUCCGACGAUCUCAUCGGCCAUCUCGUCGCGCAUCUCGACUCCUCCUUUUCCAUCGACGAGCAGAAGCAAGCUGCCAUGGAGAUCAGGCUCCUAUCCAAGAACAAACCUGAGAAUCGGAUCAAAAUCGCCAAAGCCGGGGCGAUUAAGCCCCUGAUUUCUCUCAUCUCCUCCUCCGAUCUUCAGCUCCAGGAGUACGGAGUCACCGCCGUCCUCAAUCUCUCCCUCUGCGAUGAGAACAAGGAGCUGAUUGCUUCUUCCGGUGCGAUCAAGCCGCUCGUCAGGGCUUUGAAAAUGGGAACGCCUACGGCUAAAGAGAACGCCGCCUGCGCUCUGCUCCGGUUAUCGCAGCUCGACGACAACAAAGUCGCGAUCGGGAGAUCGGGAGCGAUCCCUCACCUUGUCAACCUUCUGGAAACCGGAGGGUUCAGAGCGAAGAAGGACGCGUCGACGGCUCUCUACUCGCUGUGCUCAGCUAAAGAGAACAAAAUCAGAGCCGUGGAAUCGGGAAUCAUGAAGCCGCUGGUGGAGCUGAUGGCGGAUUUCGGAUCCAACAUGGUGGAUAAAUCGGCGUUCGUGAUGAGUCUGCUAAUGUCGGUGCCGGAAUCUAAGCCGGCGCUAGUGGAGGAAGGAGGGGUUCCGGUGCUGGUGGAGAUCGUCGAGGCAGGAACGCAGAGACAGAGAGAGAUGGCUGUGUCGAUACUGUUGCAUCUCUGCGAAGAGAGCGUUGUGUAUCGAACCAUGGUCGCUCGAGAAGGAGCGAUUCCUCCGCUUGUGGCGCUUUCCCAGGCAGGAACCAGUCGAGCUAAGCAAAAGGCGGAGGCUUUGAUUGAGCUUCUAAGACAACCAAGAUCCGUUAGCAACGGUGGAAGAUCGUCGGAAUUGUGAGAGCUUUAGAAUUUUUCUUUUUCUCUCUUUUUUUACUGUCAUUGCCAAAGAUAUACAAACGACUAGAAAAGGAAGAAAGAAACCAAAAAAAAAAAAAACUGUAAAUAGUUUGUGUAGUAAAUGUAGAAAAGUAGUUUGUUUUCCCUCUGUGAUAUAUGUCUUCUUGGAUUUGGCUUUUUCUGUUAUUCAGUUGAUAAAUUUCGGUU